AUGGCCGCCGAGGAAGAGCACGAGGGCGCGUCCGUCAAGGAACUCCUCAUCGAAGCCUGCCGCCGCAACAACACGGAGCUCCUCGUCGAGGUUCUGGCCGACCGCUCCGAAGACGACAUCUCGACGCUCCUCAACUCCACCACCACCGUCAUGGGCAACCACCUCUACCACGAGGCCGCCUCCCACGGCAACUACGAAAUCAUCGACCUCCUCCUCGACCAACCCAACUUCGAAUGCGACCCCGUCAACCGCCUCGAGGGCGACACCCCCCUCCACACCGUCAUCCGCUGGCUCAAUGCCGAACCCCCCGCCCAGCGGCCCUUUGGCCGCGCCCUCAUCGACAUGAUGCUCGAGGCCGGCUCCAACCCGCGCGUCCGCAACAAGGCCCGCCUGACCCCGCUCCAGCUCGUCGACCCGUCCAACAAGGACCUCCGCGACCUCAUCCAGCAGCACGAGUAUGCCAGCCAAAACGCAGGUGACUUUGUCAACGUCGAUGCCCGCCCCUCAAACAACGCCAAGUCCGCCCCCCCUGCCCCGCCCGUCCCUGGCGUCGACGCCCCCGCCGCCGACGACUCCGACGACGAUGCAGAGUUUAGUGGCAGCGACGACGAGGAACGCGCCGAGUGGGAGCGUAGGAGAAAGGAAAGAGGGCAGCGCAGCUAA